AUGCCUCACCAAGAAGAUUUUGAAGUUGAACGUUACAUGGAUGACCAUGAAAAUAUAGUUGAAUACAAUAUAGCUGAAACCUGUUGUAGUUCAUUAUCAUUAAAUGAAGUAGCUGAGAUAUCUGGUAACAAGUUUGAAUUUGAUUAUAAUAUGAAAUUUGUUUACGGUGCUAUUAAAGGUAGUGAUAGGUUGCGUAGUUUGAUAGCUAAAAUGUAUUCUGAAGACGGCAUUAGCCUUGACAAAGACAAUGUUUUGAUCACAAAUGGUGCGAUUGGCGCUAACUUUCUGGUUGCCUAUGCUUUAGCAGGUCCAGGGGAUCAUAUAAUUUCUGUUGCUCCAACCUAUCAGCAAUUGUUCAGUGUUCCAAAAAUGUUUGGUGCAGAAGUUUCGUUAUUGCAAUUAAAGGAGGAAGAUGGGUUCACACCUAAUUUAAAUGACUUGAAAGGAUUGAUUAGACCAAACACAAAAUAUAUUAUAAUCAACAAUCCUAACAAUCCUUUGGGCAGUGUUAUCGAGAAUUCUUUGUUGAAAAAAAUUGUUGACAUUGCUAGACUGCAUGAUAUCCAUAUUUUAUGCGAUGAGGUUUAUAGACCAUUGUUUCAUUCUUGCGAAACUCCCUUUUCCAUUACUUCAAUUUACGGCAAAGGAAUAUCUACUUGCUCUAUGUCAAAAGCUUUUUCUAUGGCUGGAACAAGAUUAGGUUGGAUUGUUUCUCAGGACAAAAGUUUGCUAAGUGCUUGUGCAAGCAGAAGAGAUUACAAUACUAUAUCGAUUUCGGUGAUUGAUGAUUAUAUAGCCACUUAUGUUUUAUCCAAUAAGGAUGCAAUUUUAAAACAUAAUAUAGAAUUAUGUAGGGGAAAUUUAGAGUUUUUAACUAACUGGAUUGACGAUAACAAAGACAUUGUUGAGUUUUACAAUGUUCCAAGGGGUGGAUCGGUUUGUUUGGUUAAGUUGAAAAAUAUUCCUAACUGUUAUGAUUUCUCGAGUUGGUUGGCUAAAACUUGUAAAGUUUUGGUUGUUCCUGGUAUAACUUUUGGUGUACCAGGAACUAUUCGUAUUGGUUAUGGUAAUGCAAGAAAAGACUUGGAGGCUGCAUUACCUAUUUUAUCAAAGGCUAUUAAAAAGUGGCAAAACUUAAAUAGAAGUUAG